GUCAGGGUAAAGUGCGCAUACUCGAUGCACGUAUAAAAGUCUAGAACGCGAAGAGUAGUUUUUUACAUUAGUUUUCCAUUAGGUAAAAUGCGUGUGUUAAUUUUAUCGUUUCUUUGCGCCACUUGGUAUGUUAGUUACGCGUCCGGGGCUCCCUCGGUCAACGCGCUCGGACCGUCUGCUCGCAAAGAUGACAUGGCCGAGCGUUUCAUUGACUUUCUUAAGGAUGACCGAGAGUUUCAAAACGUGAUCAAGCACGCCUUCGACGAGAAUCACUUGGAGCGGCGUAGAAGACAAGCGGAUAUUGAUAUCGACGAUGGUAUGGAGGUGGAGACCAAGAAACCGGGGUUUUUCGAUAGGGCUGCAAAGUUCGUGUCGGAGCUGCUGCAGAGAUUCUUGAAAUGGGUCAACUCCUCCGAUGAUAGGAAAUAGUUUUUGGCGAUGUCUCUCUCUUCGGAAAUAAUGUAAUAUUGUCAAAAAUGCAUUAAAACGUUUCAAAUUUG